AAUCAAUAAUUUGCAAAAGUUCCAAAAGCUAACAUAAUAAUAGCUGAUUAUUAUGUAAAUACAAUAUGUAUAACAAAUCAGCUGAUGUAUAUAAAUAUAUAUUGCUUAAAAGAUAACCUUGAAAGAAGUCAUCUGUCAGACAUGAAUGCUAUGAAGUCAUUCCGAGAAAUAUUGGCAAAUGCAAAAAACGUAUUAAUAUUAACUGGUAGCGGAGUUUCUGCGGAAUCUGGUAUUCCUACAUUCCGGGGUGCGGGUGGAUUUUGGAGAAAAUAUCAAGCUCAAAAUCUGGCAACCCCAGAAGCCUUUGACGCGAAUCCUUCUUUAGUUUGGGAGUUUUAUGAAUAUCGUAGGACGGUAGCUAAUGAAGCCAAACCCAACAAGGCUCACGAAGCAAUAGCAACUUUUCAAGACCGUAGUUUAAAAGCUGGUAAAAAUGUUACUAUUGUAACACAAAACAUUGAUGAACUUCAUCAAAGAGCUGGAGCGAAAAACGUAAUAGAGCUUCAUGGUUCACUUUUUAAAACCCGUUGUACAGUUUGCCACGAGGUUUCUGCAAAUAAAAAUAUCCCAAUAUGUCCUGCAUUAGAAGGAAAGGGAUCUCCAGAUCCAAAGAUUAUGGUAUCUGAUAUUCCAAAAAAAGAUUUACCAAGAUGUCAGAAAACAAAUUGUAAAGGUUUGUUAAGACCACAUAUUGUAUGGUUCGGUGAAAAUUUAAAUGAAGAUGUACUUAAACAGGCCUUUAAUGCUGUUGAGAAUUGUGACGUUUGCCUAGUUAUCGGUACAUCAUCUAUUGUGUAUCCUGCAGCAAUGUUUGCACCCCAAGCAGCGAAUCGAGGCAUUCCCGUUGCUGAAUUUAAUUUAGAAAUGACUCCUGCUUCCAGACAUUUCGAGUAUCACUUUCAAGGUCCUUGUACUGUUACGGUAACAGAAGCUUUGGAACCUUCAGUUCAUGAGCCUAUGUAAAUUUAUAAAACUAAAUAAUAUUUACCUUCUACUACACAUAGUUCAGUAUUGAGUCCAAGUUGAUUUAAAUAUUCCAACCAUAAUCGUUGCUUUGUUGAAAGGCUAUCUCGUGGACCUUUUACUUCUACAAUUUUAUGCUACAGAGAAUAAUACACAGUUAAUAAUUAAUAAAACAUAUUUUAUAAAACUUGA